AUGUAUCAAUCACAUUGUUUAUUAUUAAUAAUUUUACUAAUAAUUUAUACUGUGAAUAUUCUUCAAGGAUGUAUGAAAUCAUCAAUGUUUUAUCGUACACCAAUACGUACACGUUCUCAUGUAUUUGUACCAGGUGAAUAUCAACCAAAACAAUUAGAAAGUAAUUUAGAAGCUAGUGGACCAUUAGAUACAAGAGAUUUUCAUAAUCAAUUCCCAAAUAAACGUUUAGUACGUGUUGAUUCACCAUAUAUUAUAUUUGAUUCUGAAGAAGCUAGAUGGAUGACAAAAGGUUGUCGAGAUCGAUUGAUCAAAUUAUCAACACAGAUACAUAAUACAUGGGCUAAACAAGAUGUUAUUUUACGAGUGAUACGUUCUUGGGUUAAACCGCCACCAAAUUACAAACCUCUUCCACAAGAUGAUAAUGUAGAAGAUAAUCAUGAAGACUCACCAUUACUUUAUGAGAAAAACUCUAAACUGGAAAAAGUUUCAAAUGGUCGUAAUCCAGUAUUUGUGGGUAAUUCACCAACAGUUUUUUCUGGUCAAAGAGCAUUACCAUUUGUACCAGUUAAAUCAAGACAAUUUCUUGAUGCACCAGUUAUAGAUAUGACACCAGAAAUGAUGGAUGUUGGAACACAAUCGAAAAAUUUAAAAUUUAAUCAAUUUAUUCCAUCAUCAAAAAGUAUUUCAACACAAACUAAUCGUUGGCCUUCAACAAAAAAUAAUCCAAAUUAUAUCACACAUCUUUCUUCUUUACCAAGAUCAUCUUUUUCAUCAUAUCCAACACAAAAUCCUCAUUCACAUCAAUCAUUGUCGUCACCAACAUCAUCAUCAUCAUCAUCAUCAUCAUCAUCAUCAUCAUCAGCAUCAACAUCAUCUGGAUAUUUUUUCAAUCCAAACAAAGUUUCAUCAUCAUUACUAGAUUCUUCAUAUGAUACGAUGAUUCGAUUGCCAAGACAUGUUUUACUUAAACAAUCAAAUAUGACAAUUUAUCGUUUAAAUCAAACAAUGAAUGAAAUUCAUUCAUCUAAUCGAAGUGAUAAAGUAUUACAUAAAUUAGUUGAACGUUCAAUUAAUACAAUCUAUACAUCCAAUAAUGAUCGGAAACAUCGUAAUUAUGAUUAUCAUUCUAAUCAAAAUCAUUUAAUCACUAAUAAUAAUAAUAAUAAAUUAAAUGAAUUACGUAUGGAAGAAUUUCAUUAUGCUGGUAGAGCUGUAGAUAUGGAAUUAAUUACACGACAAUAUGGUAGACCACAUAAUUCAGAUUUACAUUUAGGUGUAUUAGCACAAAUAGCAUAUUAUGUAGCACAUUUUGAUUGGUGUUUUUUUAAUCGUGCUGGUCAUGUACAUUGUUCUGUUAAACCUGAUUCUAUUGUUACAUCUCAAUGGUUUGGUUGUUUUCCUAGUGAAUCAAAAGUAUAUAAAUCAAAUGGUCAAUUAAUAUCAAUGAAAGAUUUAAAAAUUGGUGAUUAUAUUAUAACACAAAAUCCAAUAAAUGGUCAUAUAACAAAUACAUUAGUUUUUGGUUUCCUUGAUUAUGAUCAACAUGCAUGGAGUCCAUUAAUAGAAAUUAAAUAUCAAAUUCAUUCAAAUUUAAUACGACAACAACAACGAGAACAAGACCACCACCACCACCACCACCACCAACAACAACAACAACAAGAACAACAACAAAAUAGUAUUUAUUUAACUGAAGAUCAUUUAAUUUUUAUAUAUGAUAAUACUACUAUGGUAAAUAGUAAUAAUAAUACCAUAAUGAUGAAUAAGAAAGCUGUAUUUGCAUCGACUGUUAAAAAAGGUCAAAUCAUUUUUGUUUAUCAUCAUCAUCCUCAUCAUCUUCAUCAUUCAAAUGAAUUAAUCCAAGCAGAAAUUAUAUCAGUUGAAUUAAGAAAUUCUUUAUUGAUUAAUCAUACACAAUAUGAAAAUCGAUAUAAAAUUGGUCUGUAUGCACCAAUUACUGAUACUGGUACAAUGAUUGUAGAUAAUGUUUUAGUAUCAUGUUUUGCUUAUAUAUCUAAUCAUCAAUUAGCAUCAUUUAUUAUAUCACCAUGGAAAUUAAUUUAUCAAUUAUUAUUCUAUAUAAAUAGAUUUAUUAAAUUAUUUCAAUAUAAUGAAUAUAAUGAUGAAAUAGAUUCAAUCAAUUCAAAUGGUAUACCAUGGUUUAUUCAAUGGAUUUAUAAAUUCAUGUAUGAAAUUUUACCUGAUUCACAGUUUUAUAAAAGUACAUCUUUGAUUUAAAUAUUAACCAAAUAGCAUUUAUAUAUGAAAUAUAUAACAAUGUAUCACAACGUAAAUCUAUCUAUCUAACCUAAUCUAUCUAUCUAACCUAAUCUAUCUAUCUAACCUAACCUAACCUAACCUAAUCUAUCUAUCUA